GACAGAUUCGAAACAAAAAUAAAAACAGAAACAACAAUGAUUAUGCUAAUCAUUUUGUUGAUCAUUGCUACUGUACAAACAAAUGGAUCACAAAAAUUUGUACCAAAUGGUCGAUAUGGACGACGAUCUGAUUUACCACCAUUAUCAUCAAUAAAUAAUAAUCCAUCAUCAUCAUAUGAUAUCAAUCAAUUUUUUUCGGAUGCCGAUAUAUUGGCCAUGAAUCAAGAUGCUGAAAACAUGUUAAUGUUGAUGACGAUGAUGCGAAUGAAUGGACCACCACAAUCAACGAUGGAUAUUAAUUGGUCAGCAAAUCUUAUCAAACAACUUUGGCAUCUUUGUGAAAUGAACGAGGACAAAAUAAUCAUGAAUCGUUGUUUACGAAGCAUACCAAUAAUUAAGAUGAUCUUGAUGAAAUCUGCUGCUACUGCUGCUGCAAAAGAUCGUACAUUCAUGUCAGAAAUUGAUCCACAGUCACAAAUAUUACAACAGACAUUGAAACAUCAACAACAACAACAACAGCAACAAGGACAAGAUCAAGAUCGUCAAUAAUUACUUAAAGAGCUUUAUGUUUGACGGAUCCUAUUUAUAUGAAUCAAAUUUAACACACACACACACCCACAUACUUAUAAAAUCCUAACACAAAAACAUGUUGAAACAAACUAAAUCCCGAAAUGUUUUUUUUUGUUCCACUAAAA